AUGGCGAUUGUUAAAAGAAUGACCAAACUCUAUUCAGAGAUGGACGUGACGGAUCCUUGGUAUUUGCAAGAAAGCAAUGGUUCUACUCCUGAAACUAAUAGAUCUAUAGAUGUCUUAUGUGCAAAUUGUUUCACACCUCAGGAUUCUAUAGCAUGCUUUCGAUCCACUCUUAUUGCGCUUGCUGGCAUUGGAACAGCUUUGAUAGCAUUUGCAAGAAUCAUCCAUCUUCAUGUAACAUCUCCUUCUCACCUCCGUCUUUUACUAUUCUACAUUAUGUGUGUACAUUGUAUUGCUGGUUCAUUUGAAUGGCUCUGGGGUUGGACAACUCAGUUGUCGUUAUUCAUAAGCUAUGCUAAAGCGAUCGAGCUUCUUAUCAUAUGCUACUUUUACUUGGAUGUUGCAUCAAAAAUGAUGCAUUGGAGCUCUGUAGCAGGAAGGAGGUUAUGCUUUUCGGCGCUAUUUCUUAUGUUUACUUAUUUCACAAUGUUUUUGGUUGUUGGUCUCGUAUUCUCAAUAGAGCCUUGGAGAGAUUGUCAUGCUCCAUAUUGGUUGUGGUUCUCCACUGGAGAAUUUGUUAUGGUACAACUUAUGGUUGGUUCAUUUUUCCUAAUCCUACAUCGUAUGAGCAGAAUAUCUGCUGCUCCGAAUAUACGCAAUAGUCAGCGACGCCAGUUGUUUUGUCUAUUCUGGACAUUUGAGACAUCCGCAUUAGCAGAUCUAGGCUACCAUAUGAGUCUGUUUUAUCUUGCUGACAAUCUGAAAGGUUGCAGUGGUGUUUUUAAGCACGAUCAGCUUCGCUAUUCUUUGCUGAAGUUUCCUUAUGACAUUGUCUCUUUCUUGAUGCCGGUUUGGGCAAUACUCUACGUCUUCCGUGCGACAAGAAAGCCCAACAUCUACAACAAUGAUUCCACGGAAUCAAUAUACGCCUCGCGAGACUCGUCAGUGUCGGCAAUUGCAGAUGUUGUAGUCGUUAGGAACUGGCGUCGACGCUAUCGUCCCCUUACUCAGCCAUCGCAGCAUGAUCGCCCGGUCCUAUCAGGACGUAGGCCAAAACAAAGUCCUCCAACACCUUCUGGACGGAUGCGAUCAGUAAGCUCAGCACCUGUGAUAGUAGGAGGUCGUCGACUUUCGACCUCCCGCAGCUUAGUUAGCAGCCCAUUGUAUUCGAUACCGGAGGAACUAACGCACAAUGAGCAUCAAGGAGCUGCUGCUAUGGUUGGUUCCAUUGAUAGAUUAUCAAUGGCACCACUUAUGGAUGAACCACAAGGCAUGAAUUCUCCUUUUGUAUUAGUGACUAUUGCCAGAAGAACAACUGCGAGACUCGAAAUCGCUUUGCACACAUCCUCCAAACAAGCUCGAACUUGUUCUCAUUUGUUUCCACGUAGCAGAUAA